CUCCUUGGAAAUUGUGACGGAGCCCCCCUCAAACUGCAUCAUUCUUUCUUGUUGAGCUGUCGUUUUGUGACACGAGAUCACCAUGCAGAUCUUUGUCAAGACAUUGACUGGCAAGACCAUCACUCUUGAAGUUGAGCCAAGUGAUACUAUUGAAAAUGUAAAAACCAAAAUUCAAGAUAAAGAGGGAAUUCCACCGGAUCAGCAGCGUCUUAUCUUUGCUGGAAAGCAACUAGAAGAUGGACGUACUCUUUCUGAUUACAAUAUUCAAAAAGAGUCCACACUCCAUCUUGUAUUGAGGCUUCGAGGUGGUGUGAUUGAACCAAGUCUCCGUAUAUUGGCUCAGAAAUAUAAUUGUGAUAAAAUGAUUUGUAGAAAAUGUUAUGCUCGUCUUCAUCCAAGAGCAACCAACUGCCGUAAGAAGAAAUGUGGCCAUUGCAAUGACUUAAGGCCAAAGAAAAAACUGAAAUAAGUUAUGACAGUUGUGGCAAUUUAAAAUAAACAUUGCUUGAAACAUUA